AUGGUGCCACCUCACCCAGGACUCGAUACACUAACCAACGUGGACGAGCUUAAGCAUUUAUGCCCUGCUUUUUCAAAAGGUUGUCCCUUCGCCAAUAUGGAAGAAGUAGCUUCUGUUGCCGUCAGCCGUGGUGAAGUAUCACGAUGCCCUGCAUUUGAAAAAGGUUGCCCCUUUUCAAAUAAAUCAAAGGAAGAAAUUGUCGCCCUUUUGGCAGAGAUUCCUAAAGACCACCCCACUUUAAAUAUGUCAGAACUUCCUUCAUGCGAAGAAGGUGUUGCUUUGGUCAAACUUUUGAACAACUUUCUUGAGAAAUCGCAAUUGAGCACAUUGUACAACAUUACUAACGAGGAAGCCCAAAGUCAAGAAAAAGUAAAGGACAAGGAAACAGAGAAUGACUAUUUGGAAGACCCUCAAUUGGCUUCUGCCAUGCGCGAAGGAACAAAGGUUGUACACAGAGCAGCUGAAACCAGCGUUUUUACAAAGCGUUUCCUAAAGGGUGAGAUCAACGCUGAUGAAUAUGGCCGCUAUAUCAACUCGCUCUACUUUGUUUAUAAGAACAUGGAGGAUUUAUUGGAAAAACAUAAGGAUCAUCCUGUCGUCAAACUUAUUCAUUUCCCUUAUGAGCUCAACCGUACAAAGGCUCUCACCAAAGACCUUGAAUAUUUCUAUGGCUCCGAAAAAGUAUCUCAACUCAUUGAUCCCGCCAGUAUGACACCAGCUGUUAAGCAUUUUGUGCAAGCCAUGAAUGACGCUUGUGAUAAGACCCCGGCUUUACUCAUUGCUCACAGCUAUUCUCGUUAUUUGGGUGAUCUCAGUGGUGGUCAAAUUCUCGCCAAGCGUCUAAAGAAGUGCGUCUUGCUCAUAGAUGAGAACGACGCUGCUUGGGAUACUUCGGAAGGUUUAGCUUUUUACGUUUUUGACCGUUUACAAGGCAAUCAAGCUGACUUUAAGAACUUUUACCGUGAACGAUUGAAUGCCGCUAAAGUCAAUCAAGAAACUAGAGAUAUGAUUGUCGCUGAAGCAGUCAAAUCUUUCGAAUUAAACAUUGCUUUGUUUGAUGAAAUUCAGGAAUUGUCAGAGAAGGGCUUAUUGAUACCAUCCAUAAUUCAACUAGAAGGUGAAGGAAAGAACCAAAAAGCAAAAGAGGCAAUUGCGGCAUUAAAGGAAGUUGAUAUUGCUGAUAUCGAGCUCAACACAACCUCAUCUGCGUCUUCGAAAAAGAAUAAUAAAACCUUGGGGGUAACCAAGAUAGCUAUUGGUAUAGCAGUUAUUGCUAUUGGUGCUGCUCUUUAUAAGCGUUUUUAUGAAAAAAAAUAA